AUGACGCAGGUGUUGUCUUCAGCGAAGGCCGUGCUGGCGCUCCUCAGUGAGGAGGAGAACUUGGUCGUGCUCUUUGCCCUCAAGCGACUCUCGUCUUUGAUGGACACGUUCUGGCACGAGGUUAGUGCGAAGCUGCCCCUCAUCGAGGAGCUUGCCGCUUCCGAGAAGUUGGCAGAUGAGACGCGCCGCCUUGCCUCUCUCGUCGCGUCACAGGUGUACUUCCACCUUGGUGACUACAGUAACUCAGUAAAACAUGCCCUGGCAGCCGGCACCUCCUUCGACGCAACGACGCGGUCUCUCUUCACGGACACGAUCUUGAGCCGAUGUAUUGACACGUAUGUCGUGUACCAGGAGACGCCGGAGAGCGAGCGGGAGGAGCUGCCACCAAAGCUGGAGGAGCUCUUCGUCUCUCUGACCAAGUCAUGGGUGUUGGAGAACGAGACCACGGCGGACUUGAAGGAGAUGGUCGGCUUCACUGUGCGGGCGCUCCGACUGGACUUCCUCGAGAAGGUGCUGCGCCAGUCGCUGAGCAAGACCCACUCGGCCGAGAUUCUGAACUUCACCUUCUACGUGGCAAAUGUGCUGCUGCAGGACAUCACGUUCCGCCGCAAAGUGCUCCGUCUGCUCGCGGACCUGUACACGGAUGGACUCGCCACCAUCGACUACUACUCCCUGGCCCACUGUCUGCUGUUCCUCGGCGACGUGGAGGCGACGUCGAACCUUAUUUGUGGUUUGUGGAGGGGUGGCAGCAGGGCGGUUGCUUUCCAGUUGGCCUUUGACCUCUUCGAGUAUGGCAACCAGGAAUACCUUUCAGGGGUCGUGGCUCAUUUGGGCAAGCAGCUCGGGGUGUCGGAGCAGGCGCUGGGAGCGGUGCAGUCGGUUCCGAGUGCCUCUGACGCUGUCGGUACGGCGGUGGCUGUGCCUGCACCCGCGACGUUGCCGUCCAGCGCCCCGACGACCACCGACGACGCGUCUGGCGCGGCGUCCGUUGCGGCGGUGGCGGAGUCGCCGGAGCACAAGCUACUCUCCGUCCUCAGCGGGCAGGUGACGACGAGCCUCCACGUGAAGUUUCUCUACGCUCGCUGCGUCGCUGACGUGUACGUGCUGACCCACAUUAAAAAGAUGACCGACCCGCGCAACUCCGUCAUCCACAACGCGACAGUGGUGGCGAACGCGCUGAUGUACAGCGGCACCACGAUGGACGGAUUCUUGCGCGACAACAUGAAGUGGCUUGGCGCUGCCCAGCACUGGGCCAAGUUCACCGCGGUGGCCAGCACGGGUGCUAUUCACCGUGGGCACACAGAGGAGGCAAUGCGGGUGCUAGAGCAGUACCUGCCGAAGGGUGCAAGCGUGCCAACGCUGCCAUACCAGGAGGCGGGUGCGCUGUAUGCGCUCGGGCUCAUCUAUUCCCCGCUCGGCGCCACGCGCGACCGCAAGACUCUCAAGUAUCUUGAAGAGAACUUACAGAAGUUCUCGACAAACGUGCAGAUGGUCCACGGCGCCUCGCUCGGCAUCGGCCUCACUGCAAUGGGGCUGCAGGACGAGAGCCUCUACGACGCCCUCUUUACCUGCGUGACGGGCAUGGACGCGGUGGCAGCCGAGGGCGCGUCUGUUGGCGUUGGCAUGCUGAUGCUCGGCAGUGGCAACGACAUUGUCGUGCAGAGCCUCAAGAACGUCGCCUACGAAGAGAACCAGAAGGAGAAGAUCAUACGUGGCGUGUGCAUGGCCAUGGCGCUCAUCAACCUCGGCCGCGAAGACGAGGCACUCCUGUUGGCGGAGGAGCUGCUCGAGAGCGGUGACCCGUGGGUGCGCCUCGGGGGCUGCUUCGUGCUCGGUCUGGCCUAUGCCGGCACCGAGAAUGCCAAGACGAUUGAGAAGCUGCUAAAUAUCACGGUGAAGGACAUGUCCGAUGACGUCCGCCGCACUGCUGUGACCAUGAUUGGCUUCCUCACCUUCAAGGACCCGAACUUGUGCCUUGAUCUGAUCCGCGUGCUUGUGGACAGCUAUAGUCCGCAUGUGCGUUACGGUGUAGCCAUGGCGCUGGCGGUGAGCGCGGCCGGCACCGGCAACGUUGCCGUUAUCGACGUGCUGUGGGACAUGCUGGAGGACAUCGUGGACUACGUGCGCCAGGGCGCCGCGAUGGCGCUUGCCAUGGUCAUGGUGCAGCUGACAGAAAAGGAGAACUCGAAGGUGAAGGACUUCCGUCUGUUGUUAGAGAAGAAGAUCGAGGAUCGUAACGAGGGGCGCUGCUCUAAGUUCGGCUACGUGCUUGCCUCCGGCCUACUUGACGCGGGCGGCCGCAACUGCACCUUUGCCCUGCACAAGCAGCGGCACCGCCUCGACAAGGCUGUCGUCGGUGUCUUCAUGUUCCUGCAGUACUGGUACUGGUACCCGUACCUGCUCAUGAUCACGUUGGCCAUGCAGCCUACGUGCAUCAUUGGCCUGAACGAGUCUCUGGAGCUGCCUGAAUACACGUUCAAGUCCAAGGCCCCACCCAGCACCUACGCCGUGCCCAAGUCGGUACUACAGGAGAAGAGGGUGAAAGCGUCCGAAGUGCAAGCGGUUGUGCUGUCCACAACGCGCAAGGAAGAAGAGCUGCGGCAACGCCGUCACCAGGGACCUGGAGGCCCGGGGUUGCCCGCCGGCACCUCCGCGACUGGCGCGGCUGGAGGUGAUGGCGCGGCUGCUGAGGCUGGGAGUAAGAAGAACGGUGACAAGGAUAGCACCGGCGCGUCUGCCGAGGCGGCGGAGCAGGAGUCGACUGUUGAGAUUCUGCAUAACCCGGCGCGUGUGACAGCACAUCAGUUUGCCGUGAUUUCGCACGACGUGGACCCGCGGUACGUGCCGCUGAAGCCGAAGCCGAUGGGCAUCUGCCUCCUGAAAGACACAAAGCCCGAGAUGGGCGCAGAGGUGCUGGUGGCACCUGUGGUGCUGUCAGACCGCGACGAAGCACGUGUGCCGGAGCCCUUCUCCUACCCGUAG